CGCGAUGUAGAUGAUGUCGUUGAAAUUAAAACAACUAGGCAUUGCCACAGCUACAAAAUCCGACAUUUUUGCUGAAGAAGACAUUGUCAUGUCAAUGGAGGCUGAAGAACUGACUGCAAGAUAUGACGUUAUUAAGAAAACGAUACCCGACGAAGAAGAAAAGUACCGUGAUGUCAGCAAGUCUUCGAGAAAUUGAUAUCAUCUGUAAUGAGUUGGAAAUGUUCGUGGAAGAGCAAUAUCAACUUCACGAGUCUGUCGGCGACCCCGAAAAAGCUUUUGAUUUGAAACUCCACCUUUAUCGGAGAGAAACAAGACAAGUUAGUUUCUACGAAUUUGUGCAUCGUGGACUAGUCCGGUACACCAACAUGGAACAUGAACGUUAUACACGUUCAAUCAUGGAUGGUUUGACAGUGGGACAGAGAAAAAUUAUCUUCACUUGUAUUAAGCGCAGUGAUAAAGAAGAAGUAACAGUAGCCCAGCUCGCCGGUCUCGUAGCUGCAAGGACGUCGCUCUGCAACUACGGUGAAGAAAAUUUGACUAGAACAAUCAUUGGAUUGGCUCAUGACUUCGUGGGUACGAACAACAUCAAUUUACUCCAGCCUAUUGGCCAUUUUGGCACUCGGCUGCAGGGAGGUGAAGAUGCUGCUAGCCCUCGUCAAAUUUCGACUCUGAUGAGCCGACUGACAAAGAUAAUUUUUCACCCAUACGAUGAUCGGUUGUUGAAACAUCGAACGGAUGGGAAACGGCUCAUCGAACCCGAGUUUUAUGCUCCCAUUAUUCCAAUGAUCUUGGUCAACGGAAUUGACGGGAUCGGCACCGAUCGGACGACGUCAAGAUUGAUCUAUAAUCCACGAGAGAUUAUUGGAAAUAUUGUUAUGAUCGCCGCCGACUUGUCGACGUUCACACUUUUCCCAGAAUUGCCCCCCCCCCUUUCUGCUUCCCUAUUUUACUUGUAUCUGUUUCACCUUAUUCCACGGAACUCGACGAUAUAGCAUCGUCGAGUGAGUCCUUCUUACCUUUCACGACUCUCUGACGUUGAGUUAGAGUUCCUUUUCCUUUCUUUUUUUUCCUUUGGAUUGAUAAGGCCACUCUUGUGUACCAUCUUGAACUAAGACGACGUCGCCGACAGCUCGGUACUCUUUCUAAUAGCCAGGCUAUCUUGUUUGACUUUCGUGUGUGAGUACCUUACCUUUGUUUGUCUGUCUUCGUUUUGUUUAAUGUCGUGAAUCGCAUAUGUGUAAUUGCUGGAGCCGGAAUACCACAAGUAUGGCCGGUGGACGAGUCCAGGUAGA